GUACGGAGACGAGUAUGGAGGGAACAUUCAAAAGCAAUACGACUUUAUCAGAAAUAUUUGUUGAUUUUACGAUCAUCAAGAUAUUGCCCAAGUGGUAGUACUAGCUGUUAUUAGCCAUUUGUUAACUCUGGUUGGCUAUGAGAUAUGAGCAGAGUAGGCAGACAAGCGGUAACAAGAGGGGGAAGAGGAGGACAACCACUUGGGUCAAGGGUUAAAGCUCAACCUGUGCCUGGUGGGUCAAGGGUUAAACAAAAUCCUCCACUUGAAGAUAAAACUAAUCUGAGAGAACCCAUGGCAGAUAGAGGAGGUCAGCCUGGGGUCAGGUACAUUACAGAUGACCUCAUCAGGAGAGUGACCAAAGAGCAGCACCUGGACCAGGUCACUGUCCUCAACCUGACUCUGUCAAAGGAAGGAGGGAAGAAAAUAAAAUACAUAGAAAACUUGGAUGGCCUAAGACGCUUACAGGUGCUGAACCUCAGUUGCAACAUGAUUGAAAAAAUGGAAAAGUUGGAGAAACUUACAAAAUUACGAGAACUCAACCUAUCUUUUAACCGGAUUUCAAAGAUAGAAGGGAUAGAGACACUAGCAGCCCUUCAGGUUUUGAAUUUGACUGGAAACAACAUAGAAUCACUACCUCACUGGCUUGGAAAGAAGUUGAGAUCUCUGAGAGUGAUUAGAUUAGCGAAGAACAAACUGCAGUCUCUAAGUGAACUUGCCAAGCUGAAGAGUCUUCAAGACCUCAGCCAGCUGACUGUGACAGAGAACCCAGUCACUGAGCUGCCUCACGCACAUCUUUACCUAAUCUUUCAUCUGCGGUCACUGGAGGUCUUGGAUGGCCAGCAGCUGGACAUUGAGGAGAGAGAGGAGGCUGACCAGAGGUUUCAACAAGAUGAAAUAGAGAAUUUAGAAAGGCAGCUGGAGGACACUCAGCGCAGGCUUGAAGAGCUACAAGAUGAGCACAACAAGUCUGUACAUGAGAUACAGGAGAAAGAAAAACAAGAGAGGUCAAGGAAAAAGAAGGCAGGAGCAGCAGAAGAAAAAAUAAAGGAGAUGGAGAGAGAAAUACAAACCAAAGAUGAUCUGCUGAAAAGGAAGACUGCUGAGCUGACCAAAGCGUGUCAGAAACACUAUGAGCUGGAGCAAGAGUUGGCUUUCUUCAAAAUUGAUGCCAAAUUUGAAAAUUUGGGGAAAAUUCCAACCCCAGGAAAUGGGGAUGUUGAAGAAAGUGAGCUAGGUGCAGAAAGCCCAUACAUUGGCAGGGCAAGGUACAAAAGUAAUGUGUAUGCCUUUGAACGAACCCUUCCCAAUGGGUCAAAGCCAGUUAAACUGCACCAGAUUCAGCAUGAUGUGGGGGACUCUGGGAUAGAUCGUGAAGUCCGUGAUAAACUCCACCGGGCUUUAGAUAACCAGCUAGGUGACAAGCAAAAAGCCAUAGACAGAGCCCAGGAGAGACUUAGAAAACUUGCAGCAGACCUUGAGCUGACAGAGCAGCAGGUGCUCAGGGCCACACAAGAGUUACACCGUAUAGCAGCCGCCGCGCAGCGCCCUCUGUCCGAGCAAGACAAGCAAGAGAUACGACAGAAGCUGAGCAAAAAGAUGAUGACUGUCAACCAACUUAGAGACUCUGCCUCUCAGAUGGAAGAUGAUAUGCAGCAUACUCAAGAGGAAGUGGAACAACAGAAAGAGGAGAUCAGAAGGCUGAGAGAACAACUGAAGAAACUAGACAGCAAGGAUGUGUUAUAUAACCAGGUGAAGGCAGAAAUGGCAGACAAGGAGCAACAGCUCCAGCAGAGGACCCAGAUGUAUCACGACCUACAGAACCAGCUGGAAGACAUGCUGGCGAGAAUAGCCAAGGAGCAAGCUGAGAUUAAGAGACUUGAACAGCAGUUAAAGGAAGGCCAAGCCACGCAGAAUGAAGAGAUCAAAGCUGAGCUGGAGGACGUCAUUAGUGGCCUCCAGGACUAUCUGACCAGUGUGAAGAGGAACGCUGAGAGCCAGCAGCAGGAGGUGGAUGACCUAAUGCUGGAGAGAGAAGAGCUGUUAAAAAGGCUGCAAGACAUGGAGAAUGAGAUGAGCAUCAUGGACUCAGAAGCUGGAGAUUAUAGGAAAUUGGCUAAGAGAUUGAGAGAGUUAGAGGAGUCACUACAGGCACAGCAAGACAUCAACGCCACUCUUCAGCAACAGCUUGACCAGAGUGUUGGACCCCUGGACAAUACUACUGCAGAAGAUCUUGACCGCGCACAGCGACAGAUAGAUGAGCUGAGAAAGACACUGAUGAAUGAAAAGAAGAAAGCUGAUGCUGAAAGACGUGCUAUGGAGGAUGCUAUGGCCAAUGAGAGGGAACAGCUACAAGCUUUACUGGCAGAGGCCACUGCAGGGAGAGAAGACACUGGAGAACUCAGUAGACUGGCUGCCCAGCUGGCAGCUUUACAGGCAGACAACCAGGCACUCAGAAGCAGGAUGAGAGACCAAGAGAGGGCAGCACAGGACAGGCUCCAGGAGACCAUCUCCCCUGAUGAUCUGUAUCAGAGGUUGCAGGAGGUCAUAGCUCAGUUAGACAGGGGACAGCCUCCCAGAGAGAGUGAAAUUCAAGAUGAUAUAGGUGGCGUUCUGGCAGAUUUACAGCAGUACUUACAAGAGAGACUUGAUCAGCAGAACAGAGAAGCAAAGGAUGCCAAGAGGAGCCAAAUCAAGGCAGAGGCAGAGGUGAAUAUUUUGAAAGACAGACUGAAGAAAUUAGAAGACCAGCUUAGAAAAGAAAAGGAUAAAGCUGCCAAGCUUAAGGCUGACAAGAAGAAAAAGGAGAGAGAUUCAGAAAUAGAUAAAUUGCAUGACGAGUUGGCACGACUGAAGGAUGCCCUCAAAGCAGCACAGUCCACCCCCAAACAGUCUGGCCUCCCAGCAGAGUUCCUCCAGCCUACUCCAAGGUAUGACACAAGCACAGAGGCCCCCAGCUUUCAAGAUUCUCUCACCACGGAAGAGAAGGCCAUGUUUGACCAGCUUCAGAAAGAACUGGCAGAACUCAGAAAACAAAUGGCUGAGGCAGACAGCAAUGCUGCCAAGAAACUUCAGGAUGCCAAUCAGCAGAUUUCUCAGCUACAAAAUGAACUUAGGCAAAAGGAACAAGAAAAGAGAAGACUGUCUCAGAGGAAGCCUCCAGAUGACCCGCGAGUGAGACAGCUGGCCAAUGAACUGGUCCAGACCCAGGGGGAGCUGGACCUUCUGCAACAACUCCUGGCAGACAAGGACAAAGAAAUCCAAGAUGAAAUGAAGAAGUCCACCAGGUCUAAUCAGACUGUGGCUGCCCAGCAGGAAGAGAUCACAGGAUUACAUGACAUUCUAGAGGCACAGAGAGAUGAAAUAUUACGUCUGAAUGAUCUGCUGGACAGACUGACCGGUGGACCACAAACAGGUCCAGGCUAUGAUGAGGAACUCCAGAGGCUAUCAGAUGAACUGAACAAUUUAAGGAACAAACUCUACCAACAGAGACCACAAAUCCAGGGUCUGGGCACCCCCCAACGAGGCCCUCAACCUACACAGCCCAUGCCUGUUGGGACAGGAUCUCCACAGUUUGAUCCGUACUCAGCACGAUCUGGAAGAUUCUAUUCUCCUGCACCUGGGGGAAGAGGGAUGCCUGAAAGGCAAUAUCCUCAAGGUGAAGGUGGUGGAGAUGGUGGUGGGCACCCUUCAGGCACUGGACCUGGAUCGACCUUCAUUCCAGGUCAAGGUCAAAGGGUGACCUUUGGUCCAGGUAGUCCAGGAGCUACAUAUAUUGUCAGAGAUCAGCCUUCAUUGGCAGGUCAAGGUCAAUUGUAUGUACCUGUCUCACAAGCUGGGGUCAGUGGAGGUCAAGGUCAAGUAGGGGGUCAAGGUGUAGCUUAUGUUCCUGUAGGUCACCCAAUAGCAGUGCAUCCAUCUGGACCAGUGCAAUAUGUCCCAGUAACUCCUGGUCCUGGGCAACCACCUGGAGAUGGCCAGAAGAUGGCAGCAGUGAAUCUACCAGGACAAGAAGUGCUUUUCUGUAAUGUGCCCGAGCACCAUGACAUGGAGGAUUACAUUGCACAGUUGCAGGAGAAGAUUAAAGAAUUAAAACAGAAAAUAAAGAAACUGGAAAAGAGAGAGACUUUAUCAGCAGAAGCAGAGAGGAGCGCAGUGAAAAGACUGAGAGCUGAAUUGGAGGAUCGGCGUGAUGAGUUGGAGGGAUUGGAUCUUGCAAUGGAGAGACAAAAAGCCUCCCUACGCCACAUGAAGGAGGUGGAAGAAAAGUUGAAGGAGGAAAGGGAAGGAGCCCUGAAGGAACUGGAAGAACUCAAGAAAACUAAUGCCAAAACCAAUAGAAGAAGAGAAUUCCUGGAGGGACGUUCACAGUACGAUGUGGCAGACUCGGAUUACGAAUAUGACUACAAUCCCAGACAGAGGAAAAGUCGUCUGAACUACUUGGAAGACGAGAUACAGUGCCUGGAGGAGACCCUGGCCAAGAGGAGGGCAGAGUUGAGGGAGGCAGACAGACUGCUACAGGAGUGUCAGGGGGACUUGCAAGAUGCUAGAAAUCAGGCCAAGACCACCGUCCAGCAGUAUGACCAGGCCAGAGAGGGCCUAACCACCACUGUCCAGCAAGCAGAGGAGAUAGAGAGGAGGUCCAAAGAAGCUGGUGUCCAGCUGGUUCAGGCCCAGGAUCAGAUAGAGGACCUUCAGAAGGAGAUCAGGCAACUGGAUAUGGAGAAGGCAAAGAAAGAGGCCACUCUGCAGGGUAUCCUUAAGGUUAUCUCUACAAAAGAUGAAGAGUUUCGCAACUUGGAUGAACAAGUGAAAGAUUUGGAAGAGAGGCUGGAUCAAGUGGAGGGUGAGCUAGGUCUGGCAGAGGAGAGAGAGAAAGAGACUCUGGCCAGUCUCAAAGACUGCGAAACUUUGCUAGAAAAUAGAAGAACAGAGCUUGGAAAGAUCAAAUCACAGAUUGACUCUGAGAGGACACAACUUGAGAACUUAGACCACCAGGUGGGCAGGAGAAGCACAGAACUUCAGCUGGUGGAGGAGAGCCUGGCCAGGAAGCAAGGAGAACUCAACAAACUGAUGAGAGAGGCAGAGACCGAGGCUAGUAAUAGACACAAGGAAAUACAGGAGUUACGUCUGACAUCACAGGAGUUACAAACACAGCAGCGCACUCUACAGGCAGAUAUUGCUGACAAGCAGGACCAGUUGCAAGCCAUAAAGGAAGAUAUCCAGCAAAAUGAGGAGAGCCUGCAGAUCUUGACCUCCACGGUCAGCAAGAGUCGUGCCGAGCUGAAACAUGUAGUGGACAUGGUCAAGAUGGAGAAAUCGGAGCUUGACCAGGUCAGAGAGCAACAUGGAGCCAAGCUUAAGGAACUGGAGAGGACGCAGAUUGCUCUCAGGGAGGAAAAAGAAGACUUGGAAUACAUGCAAGGAGAAACUGGCAAGAAGCAAGUGGAAUGCGAGAGGUUAAAACAGACCUUAGAGACUCAGAGAGAGACCACAGAAAGCCUGAAGUUGGAAAAAGAACUUUUGGAGGACAGCAUUAACACCCUCGCCAAGGAGAAAGACCUCAUACAGGAGAGCUACAAGUCAUAUGAUGAUAAGGUUAAUCAACUGAAAAGAGCACAUCUGCAACUUGAAGACGGCAUUCUUGCUGGACAGAGAAAGCAAGAAAGGUUAGAGACUCAACUGAAGGAGAUUGAGAAGGAGGUUACCGAGGCAACAGCUGAUAAAGAGGCUCUGGAACGGGAUUUAAAGACCUACACUCAGCAUAUUAAAGGUAAAAAAUCUGAAUUAAAAGGGUUGAAAGAAAACCUGAACGAAACUGAGCAGAAGAAAGAACAAAUGGAAAAGCAAUUGAAGGAGACCAGAAUGGCCACAGAUGGUGCUCUGGUGGAGUUGCAGCGUGUCCAGGACUCAAUACGUCAAUCUGAGCAGACACAGGAAGAAUGCUUCAAACAGCAGACACAGAAGCAGGACCUUAUACGCCAUCUGGUGACAGAGGUAGAAGAAAAGGAGGCGGAGCAUCAACGUAUGCAGCAGGUUCUCCAUAGAGUGAAAAAGGAACUUGAGAGAGAAGAAACUAAGUUAAGCAGACUUCUCAGUAAUGGUCGUCUUGAGUUGGAAAAUAUUAAGACAGAGGCUGCUAUGAAACAAGAUGAGCUGGAUCAAAACGAUAAACAACUUAAACAGUUUAAGAAACAAAUGGAAGAGCUUCAACAUACGGAAGAAAAAUUUGUGGAAUUGGAACAAAAAGUCAGUCAGUUGGAAACUGCAGUUUCAGAGGCCAGUAAUCAGAGGUUAUCUUUGGAACGGGACCAAGACAAGCUGCUCUCUGAGUUGGAAGAGGUCAAACGCCAUCUACAUGUGACCUCACAGGAAUAUGAGCAACUGCAGCAGAACUCUGCCAGAGAGAUUGCAGACUUGGAAUCUGUUGCCCAGGACCACUGUCGCCGUGCCAACCGUCUCAGCCAGGACCUCAAUGAACUGAGACAGGAGUACAUUGAGGCUAAGAGGAAGCUGAUGUCACAGGCAGAGAUACUUGACAAGGAGCAGAAAUUAGAAGAGACCAUUUUUUCUCUUAAAAAUGACAUAAGACAGGAGUUUGAGGCUGGUAUAGAAGACCUGAACAAGUCUCGAAUGGAAGCUGAGGAAGAACUUGAGCAACUUCAUGAUCAAAAAGAACAACUGGAGAUGCAUUUAGAUACUCUGAAGGAAAAUUUGUCAAAUAUCAGGUCUGAUGUAGACGUAGGUACAUCAACAGAUCUGUCAAGGAGGACAUCUGCUCUCAGAGGAAAUGAGGAGCCAGGCAGGAAGAGUGAGGAGUCAGAAUGGAGGAAGGAAGCAGUCAGAGAGAAAAUCAAACAGGAGCAAGAACAACUCAGGCUCCAGCUGAGACAACAGAUGUCCAAACAUUUAGAUGCUAUCAACACUGUGCGGCAGCAGUCUGAGGGAACUUUGGACAGCUUGAAAAGAAAGCUUUUUAACUUGCAGGAUGUAUUAUCUAACUCGAGAGGAGAAAUGUCCGAUUCUUUGUCACCUAGAAGAUCACAGUCACAAGUGCCCUCAAGAUCAAGGUCAAGAUCACCAGCCAAGGUACAAUUCUUGGACAAAUUAGAAUCUCAGGAUGGUCAGACAUCUAGGUCCCCUGUACGAAGCUAUUCUGCUAGUAGGUCCAGGCCCAGACACAGACGGGAGGACUCCAUGGACAGAGUGCCUGUCAGAGGAUCCCCUUCAAGGCAAGGCAUACACACAAGCAGUGAAGAUAGAAUACAACAGUUUAUGGAGUCUAUAUCAAGACUAAAGGAAGAGACCAUGGAAGAGAUAGAAAGGACUAGCAGUACUUAUUAUACUUUCAAGCCUUCAGUGUGAGACAAUUUGGCAGUGUAGCCAUUGUUUGUUUAUUAUUAUUAUUAUUUAUUAGUUACACAGUAACAACAUGUUAAUUUUGCUCAAAUUAUUUUGUAAACAGUAUUUCUGUAUUUUUUGUUAAUUAUCAAAUCCUGUUAUUUAAAAUACUGGCACAUAUGAAUGUCGAGAUGUCUUCCUCUGCAAAAUUAACUUAGGAACAUUUUACUGAAUAAAAUGAAAUCUCCAGUUAGUUCACAAAGUUUGCUUUGCCAGUGGUAAUAUAAGAUCAAGAAGAUGUUGCCAUAGGAAUCAUCACCAUUAACUCUCUGCAGGAAUUUGUCCUGCCUUUGAUUGUAACUGGGAUGUGUACACAGUUACAGGCACAUUUUACCCACGACAUUGUGUCAGUGAAACAAAGCUUUCAUCUUGCCUUUUACUUGUGCCUUUUAUUUUAAUUUUGCGAUAUUUGUUUCACUUACAUGAAUAUAGUGCCUUUUUAUGCAGAUUAGAUUUUUGAGCCUGAAAAUGCAUUUUAAAUGCAAACAAUCCAGAAUGUAAAAUUUAUACAGCAUUGACCAAAUGUUUUUACUUUCGAAGCUAACAUGGUGGCAGCUAAUGUUUGUCCAUCAUUUUUAUUGUUUAUAUUACAGACUUUUACGUAUACAUGUGUACAUGCGUGACAGUGUUAUGAUCUAGUGCUGUCUUGAGGAAUAGAUUAGAGUUCAUUGUUUACUAUAUUAGCCAUCUUUAAUCUUCUUUGAUACAGCAAUUACAUUCUGAAUUUAUUUUUAAAAUUUAUCUUUGUAAUGAAAAUGUCAAUUUAAUGGCAGUCCUUUACAGAAUAGACAAAUGUUUGUGGUUGAGAGAGUAACAAUGUAAUUGCAGUGCAUGUAUUGAAAAGUUCCUUUUCAACAUUUAGCAAUAAACUUGUUGUAUAUUUUAAACUGUUUAACCACUUCUUUUAGUCUGUCUUACAAUAAGCAAUAAAAUCCUGUUAUUUUUCA